AUGGAGUCCAUGAAGACGAAAGCCUCGGCGGGGGUCAAGGAAUUUGCGGGGAAGACCCUGGGUCAGAUGUACAGAGUGAUAGAGAGGAAACAGAAGACCGGGGAGGUGAUCGAGCUGACGGAGGAUGGGCGGCCCCGGGAGGCCGCGGAGAAGAAGCCCCCGCUGUGCGACUGCAACUGCUUCGGGUUGCCUCGGCGCUACAUCAUCGCCAUCAUGAGCGGCCUGGGCUUCUGCAUCUCCUUCGGCAUCAGAUGUAACCUGGGCGUGGCCAUAGUGGGCAUGGUCAACAACAGCACCAUCCACCAGAACGGCAAGAUCAUCAUCAAAGAGAAAGCCAAGUUCAACUGGGAUCCAGAGACGGUGGGGAUGAUUCAUGGAUCUUUUUUCUGGGGCUACAUCGUGACACAAAUCCCGGGAGGAUACAUCUCCUCCAGGCUGGCAGCAAACAGGGUGUUCGGUGCAGCCAUCGUCCUCACCUCCACCCUCAACAUGUUCAUCCCCUCGGCUGCCAGAGUGCAUUACGGGUGUGUCAUCUUUGUCAGGAUAUUACAAGGGCUGGUGGAGGGAGUGACCUACCCGGCCUGUCACGGCAUCUGGAGUAAGUGGGCUCCGCCGCUGGAGAGGAGCCGUCUGGCCACCAUCUCGUUCUGUGGCUCUUAUGCUGGGGCUGUGAUAGCCAUGCCUCUGGCUGGGAUCCUGGUUCAGUACUCAGGAUGGUCCUCAGUGUUCUACGUCUACGGAUGCUUUGGCAUCUUCUGGUACAUGUUCUGGGUCCUGGUGUCUUAUGAGAGCCCCGCUGAGCAUCCGACCAUCACCGAUGAGGAACGCUGCUACAUCGAGGAGAGCAUCGGAGAGAGCGCCAAGCUAAUGGGUCCUGCAGAGAAAUUCAAGACCCCCUGGAGGAAGUUCUUCACCUCUAUGCCUGUCUAUGCAAUCAUCGUGGCCAACUUCUGCAGGAGCUGGACCUUCUACCUGCUGCUGAUCAGCCAGCCUGCGUACUUUGAGGAAGUGUUUGGCUUUGAGAUAAGCAAGGUCGGCAUACUGUCUGCCCUCCCCCACUUGGUGAUGACCAUCAUCGUGCCCAUCGGCGGCCAGCUGGCCGACCACCUACGCAGCAAGAACAUCCUGACGACUACCACUGUCAGGAAAAUCAUGAACUGUGGAGGCUUUGGCAUGGAGGCCACGUUGCUGCUGGUGGUCGGAUAUUCCCACAGCAAAGGGGUGGCCAUCUCCUUCCUGGUGCUGGCGGUGGGCUUCAGUGGAUUCGCAAUAUCAGGCUUUAACGUGAACCACCUGGACAUCGCUCCGCGCUACGCCAGCAUCCUGAUGGGCAUCUCUAACGGCGUGGGGACGCUGUCCGGGAUGGUCUGCCCGCUGAUCGUUGGUGCUAUGACGAAAAACAAGACUCGAGAGGAGUGGCAGUACGUGUUCCUCAUCGCCUCCAUGGUGCACUACGGGGGCGUCGUCUUCUACGGGAUCUUUGCGUCGGGAGAAAAGCAGCCGUGGGCCGAUCCGGAGCUGACCAGCGAGGAGAAGUGUGGCUUCAUCGACGAGGACGAGCUGGCAGAGGAAACCGGCGACAUCACUCAGAGCUACGGUGCUUUCGGAGGUCCAGCCAAGACGUACGGCGCCACCACGCAGGUGAACGGAGGCUGGGCCGCCGGCUGGGAGAAGACGGAGGAGUACGUCCAGGAGGAGGCGCAGGGAGGAGGCUACGGGUACAGGCAGGAUGAGGGGUACUCCUAGACCCAACACUGACACAUGAGUAGACCUUCAUCUCCUGAGUGUGCAUCAGUUUUAGGCAGAAAAAUCUCAACAAACGAGAAACAAGAGAAAAGCUCUACAAUCCGUCGUCGUAUUGUUUGCACA